GCACCUUACUGUACACUGCUCAUGUGUGUGUGUCGUCCGCAGGCUGCUCAUGUGUGUGUGUGCAGGCUUUGUCAAAAAGUAAAGAAUUGGAGCGUUAAGUCCGUUUGGUUUUCGUAGUGAAAAGUGCCACAUUUGAUUACAAAGUAUAAGCUUGAAGUCCCUAACGAUUUGUUGUGAUAAGACUGAAAAAAAAAUCAAGUGGCGGAUAAGCAAAAAACAAAAACAACAAACAGAGCUGAGAACAGCGCUUGAGUGGUGCUCAACUGAAUUCCUACUCACGCAUACACACACAAGAGCACACAGAGUGCAAGAGCAUAAUCAAUUUAAAUUUCAAAACGAAUUGUGACAAUAAAUGAUAACCAAACCGAGUAUGAUGUGAAUAUUUAUUUCACGCUCAGUUGGGGAUCAUCAGUAUAGUCGCUAUCAUUGAGUGUGGCGCGUUGAUCGUUGAUCAUUUUCACUUUAUAUUUUGCACGGUGAACUUAAUUGUGGUAAUUACAAGUAUUCAAAAUGCAUUUUGGCAUCUUGGGCAGUGGUGUUGUGGGCCUGACAACCGCUUUGGAAUUGCAGCAGAAUUAUCCAAAUGCGCAGAUCACAAUACUCGCCGAUCGUUUCAACGAGGAGACAACCAGUCAUGUAGCGGCUGGCAUUUUUAGACCAGGCACAAGCUUUGCGGGACCAACCAGGCAGAUUACACAACAAUGGAUUGCGGACGCCUUCCGUUACUGGGACGACAUACGGCGCUCCAAGGAGGCACCGCUCGCAGGCGUUUGUCAGCUCUCAGGCUAUAUUUACUCUUCCACCUCACCGAAGAUCGUGCAGAACGCGUUCAUCGAGAAGUUAUUACCGGUUUACCGACAAGCCACUGAGGAGGAAUUGAAGCUGUGUCAGGGUGAUUGGAAAUAUGGGUCUUUCUUUACAACUUGUCUCACCGAAUGCCGACUCUUCCUGCCAUAUGCAACAAAGAAAUUUAUUGCGGCUGGAGGCCAAGUCACGCGCCAACGUGUUAACGCAUUCUCGGACGUGUCACAACAAAACUUCGAUGUACUCUUCAAUUGCACUGGCUUGGGAGCAAAAGAACUGUGCAAAGAUGCUCAACUAGUACCGCUGCGUGGUCAGGUUGUGAAAGUGCGCGCACCAUGGGUCAAGCUGGCUUUCUAUGGCGACUACGACACUUACAUUCUGCCGGGCUUCGAGGCGGUCACACUUGGCGGCUGUCGUCAAUAUGACAGCUUCAAUUUGAAUGUCUGCAAAUACGAUUCGAUGGCGAUCAAGGAGCGUUGCUAUGGCAUGCUGCCAAGCUUGAAGCGAGCCGAGGUGGUGCGCGAGGCUGUUGGAUUGCGACCACAUCGCGCUGUGGUGCGCGUCGAAAGUGAGAUCCUUCGUUUGGCUAAUGGACGCACCCAGAAAGUUGUGCAUAAUUACGGUCAUGGUGGCUAUGGCGUUACUACCUCACCUGGCACCGCGAAGUAUGCUGUGAAAAUCGCUCGCGAUCUUUUGGCGGGUAACAGUAAAUUGUAAUGGCAAAACCAUGAGAUUACUUCGUAAAUGUACAUAUGUAGGUGAAAUAUGUACACACUUAUGUAAGAUGUCUGUUAUGACGAUAUAUAUGUUUGUAUAUGUCUAUGCAUAUAUAAAAUAUGUGUGCAUAUUAUUACAUAUAACAACUUCUGUAUAAUAUAUUAUAUAAACUUUGUUUUUAACAGUAAAAAUCUA